AUAAAUAUCCCUCUCACACUUCCAGAUUCUUCUCUACAUAUAUCCAUACCGACAUUUUUACCGCCACAAGAGAGAAGAGCGAGAAUGUCGUCUUGGCUGGUGGAGUAUGCUUCCAAGGACAACGACAACAGCAGCAGCCGUGAUGAUGUGGAUGAACAGUUUGAGCUGCUCGGAGCUGCUUCUGAUCCCGCCGAUUCCGAUCUCUCUCUCACCAGUGAUGCUUUCCUCCGAGCCGCCGUCUCCCUCAAAGAUCAGGUGGUGGAGAUGACGUGGAGGCGCCGAGGAGCUGAAGGGAGCUUGGACCCGACUGUAUACACUGGACUGAUGGGGACGGCGUUCGUGUGCCUGCGCUCUUAUGAGGCCACCGGAGAUCGCCGCGAUUUGCACCUCUGCGCUGAAAUCGUCGCCGCCGCAGCUCAUACAUCCAACAGACAUGUUACCUUCCUCUGUGGUAGAGGAGGGGUUUAUGCACUCGGGGCCAUUUGUGCGAAUUACUCUGGCGACGAAGAGAAGCGUAACUUCUACUUGAACUGUUUCCUAGAGAUGGCACAAGAGAAAGCCCUUCCUGUUGGACCCGAAGAAGGUGGAUUUGGGAUGUCGUACGACCUUCUUUAUGGCCGGGCUGGAUUCCUGUGGGCUGCUCUGCUAGUAAACAAAUACUUGGGAGAUCAAACAGUCCCUAGUGAUCUUCUCAUGGGCGUUGUUGCAGCAGUGCUAGCUGGUGGCCGGGCCGGUGCUUCUGAUAACCUAGCUUGCCCGCUCAUGUACAGGUGGCACGGAACCAGGUACUGGGGUGCAGCUCACGGCCUUGCUGGUAUUUUACACGUGCUGUUGCACUUCCCCUUGUCCGAAGAUGAUAUGAAGGACGUCAAGGCGACUCUGAGAUACAUGAUGAGCAACCGGUUCCUGCACAGUGGGAACUAUCCUGUGAGCGAGGGAAACCCGAGGGAUAAGCUCGUCCAGUGGUCUCACGGAGCUGGUGGGAUUGCUAUAACCUUGUGCAAAGCAUCAGAGGUCAGCAAAAUUAGUUUUUUUGCAAAAAACAUGUGUAAGGUGUUCCCGAGCGACAGGGAGUUUCGUGAUGCAGCCAUUGAAGCUGGAGAAGUUGUGUGGAAGAGCGGCUUGGUGAAGAAGGCGGGGCUGGGAGACGGUGUUGCUGGGAAUGCUUAUGCGUUCCUGUCCCUAGCCCGGCUGACAGGGGAGACCAUAUACGAGGAACGAGCCAAGGCAUUCGCAAGCUAUUUGUAUCAUCACAUUGCUGGUGGUGGUUGUGGUGGAGGCGAGCAUACCUACUCCCUCUUUCAAGGGGUGGCCGGGGCGGCUUGCGUGUGGUUCGAUUUGCUCGCGCCGGAGAGGUCCCGAUUCCCGGGAUAUGAGAUCUAAGAUGCUGGUUGGACGCAAAUUUGUGAAACUUAAUGAAUCUAGUUUAUGGUGUUUGGCUGCAAACGUGACUUGUAUAGUUAUCUAAUCUAAUCAAACCAAUCAAAUAUUAUAACCAAAAGAAGCAACGUUGUCAUU